AUGCGGUUGCCGUAUUAUCUACACUCGGGGCCGGUGGUUGUUGCCGUCGGGUACGGCUUCGGCUAUUAUCAACCCGAAUGGCAACCUGAACUACGAGCGGUACAAGCUCACAGAUUUCACCGACGUGAUAUUAAAGACCAAGGUACGCCUCUCCUCUCCCCACUCCUCUCCCCCCGCCCCUUCCCCCCUCUCCCCCUCCCCACCUCCCGCGCCCAAGUCCCCCCCAUGCCUCGCGCGCUCUCCCCGUGCCUCACGCGCUCUCCCCGUGCCUCCCCGACCCACUUCUACUCCCCUCUCGUUCGUUCCCCCAUCCCUCACCCUGUCUCCUCUCAUUCCUCCUUGAUUCUUUCCACUAGUUAG